UUCGUCUUCCAGCAAGGAAUAACGCACGGCUCGCUCAAACCUACCAACAUCCUGAUCAACGACAGUGGCGAGGCUUGCAUCGCUGAUUAUGGGAUGGUGGAGAUCGUGCCGAGUACGUGUGUUGGGGCGUGGAGGUAUUGGAGUCCGGAGGCUUGGAAAGGGGUAAGU